CAAAAAGAGGAAGAUCGGCACAGAUGUUGGCUCAGCGACAAUCUUCCUCAAGCAAAAAGGGGAAGAUUAGCACAGAUGUUAGCUCAAUUAGUCUUCCUCACACGCACAGAUAAAAAAGUGAUGGUCAGUAUGCCAUUUGAAAGCUUGCCUUUUUAUGCAUUUGCUUAAAAACAAGACAUUUUGUUUUUGUUUUUACUGAAAAUCUAAUUCUAAACAGCUUGACCUCAGAUUCCCUUCAUCACAGCCCAAGGCCUCCCCAGGACAAACAGGCCAUGGUGGCACCUCGACCAGGCCCUCUGGUGGCCGGGCCUGCUCCCGGGUCCCAGGCGCGGGCUCUGUAACAUCUGCUUCUCUGCAGUCUAAUGCAGGUUUUGUCCCUCGAGCGUACAGAACAAAGUGAUCACGAAGGCAACUUGGAACUUGUCAAGCACCACAGAAACGCUCCAAUUUAAGUCAGCCCCAACCUGGUCGGAGUCCCCAAGCUUCUCUGGGACUGGCACUGCACUCAAGGCUGGCUCCCUGACCUGGACUCGCCAGAGACAUGUUGGGAGAAGGGGCUGAGAGCAGCUCCUGGAGAGGCUGUGGGACCAGGAAAAUGUUCUGGUUGGUGCCAACAUGUGGGCAGCAGGCGCUCAGCAUCCAGCCAGUGCCAACACGCUGUGGACAUGCCAGGAUGGCAGAUGGAGAGCAGUCAAGGGCACCUAAGGCAACAGGACGCUGCCAGGGAAGGCUUCCUGGAGGAAGGGGCAGCAGAGCUAAGGCUGAAAGGAGAGGAGGAGCUGGCAAAGCAGUGGGAGGAGAAGCAGGCAUGCUGGGCAGGGGACAGCACAGGCUCAGCCAAGAGCACCAACAGAUUUCUGGAACCAGAGAGGACUUCGGGAUGGUGGAGAGGGUGUGAGACCGGAGACAAAGCUGCAGGACUGAGAGGACACAUGCCAUCCACGCCAGGGUUCCUUGGCUCUGUGCCUCUUGCAAGAAGCACAGUCUCUACAGGGCACCAUCACAGAUGCUGGGAGCCCACUACGGCCUCCUGGGGGCCCUGCUGCAGAGAAGACACGGGUUGAGACCAGGACUCCAACAAAGGUGGCCCGGAAGCCACACUCAGGUCCCAAAUGCCCUUGGCGGCUCCAAAUGAAAGCUACACGAUUUCAGGGACAUUCCAGGGCAAUCUAGGCAAGACCCUAACCUUGCUCCUCUCUGUCCCCCGCAGGGAGACAGGAAGAUGAGGGUGAGACCCUGUGGCUCUGGGAGCACCCCUCUGACUCUACAGCAACAGGGAGCACAAGGUGCUGAGACACUAACCAGAGGGGCCUUUGCAACAGUUGGCCAUCGUGGGCAGCCCCACCUCUCCAAGGCCAGUCCUUCUUGGGGAGGGCCUUACAAGCUGAUGCCAGCAGGUGUGGCAGCCCCCUCGGCGGACACAGAAGAAAAGAGAAACCUACCAAUACUUCCAAGUCAGGAAGCACUAACAGCUGCUAGGAGUUCCAAACCACGAUCCGGGAAGGCGCUGAACACCCGUCCAUCUCCACCUGUCACCUCAAGGCAUGGCCAGCGGAGAACGACCUAGGCUGACACGUGAGGCGCGGAGACGCAGACCCCAUGAAAACCCUCACCUCCCGCACCACAAGGCCCCCCACUCCUAGGCCCCCCAAUACGGCCGAGCUGGGAGAGCUGGGUGGAGAGGCUCCAGAAGUGCCCCCAUGGCAGGGAGGCGUUGUUGAAGCCCCCGUAGCGUGCUUGGCUCCGGGAACACAGGGAGGAGGAAGAAAGGGUCCUCGCCCCAGCUCCAGUCCGCAGAGGGCCCCUUCAGGGCAGCUAGCGCAGCCGGGUUCACCUGCUCCUCAGUUCACCAGCCAGGCGGUCACUCUAUCACCCACACGGUUGGGGGAGGGUAGGACCUGGGCCUGCUGGAAGGACGGCGAGGGUGACAUCUGAGACUCUUGAAACCAGGCACCACGCAACCCCAAGCAUCCAGCAGACAGAUGCCGGUACUACCACUGUCGCCUUGGAGAGGUGCUGGGUCCCUGGGCAGAUGGGACCUCCACAGCACCCAGGCCCAGCCCCAGCCCCAGACUAGGGGAGCAUUCAGCAAGUAAACUCAGUGCAGACAGGCUUAUAAAUGCACGAAGCCAAGGUUCCCUGGCCUCUUGAGGAAGCUCAUUCAAAAACCACCCGCUGAGUGCCUGGAACAGAAGUGAAGGGAGUGGGAGCAGGUGACAGAGAGGGCAGAGCUCUGUCACCUGCCUGGUGCACAGCCCCACUCCCAGAUUGGCCAGCAGAGGGAGGGUCUCUUGAGGACCCUGGAAACCCCUCCUCCACCUGGCCUCACGCUGUUGAGCUCAGCAACUUCCAAGCCUGGGGCGAGAGGCAUCCGGCUGACCAGGCAUGGCGUGUUCUGUUCCUGCUACAGACACCCACUCUGGGUGGGGGCCCCAUCUGCCCCACCUGGUCCUCCCUCUCCUGGCUGUGAGGGCAGCUGGGCCUCCUACUCAGGUGGACAAAUUCCGGAGAAUGGUGGCCAGAGGCCUUUCACCCCUAGUGACCCAAAGACAAAACCAGCCCCAGGAGGCAGGGGUGCAGUAAGAGUGGCAUGGCUGAAAAGUGGGGCCAAGGCCACCUCUGCUAGGCGGCCUGCUUCAAAGGCUCUGGGCCUGCUGGCAGCCCCCAGAGCAGGUUGUGCACACUCUCCCCUACUGGGUCUCCUGCACCAAUUCCCUCUGACAGACAGGAUGGUGCCCCCCCACCCAUCCCUGCAGGCAAGGAGGCACCCACUUGGCCUACUGGGGUUGGUCAGUGCCCAGUUCCAAGGACCUACAGCUCUGGUGGGCAGGAGAGUGGGUGGCGGCUGCAAGGCCCCAGGUCCAGCACAUUCUAGCUCAGAGUGGCUAGACAACAGAGAUGGUGUUAAAACAGAAAAGGGCUUGUGGGAGCAGACCCAGUCCUGGGCAGGAAGCAAUACUUCAAGGGUGCUGGACAGGCAGACCUGUAACCACUGUGGCCUUAAGGGGGACCCGGAACAUCACCCUCAGGCUGGGAGCUGCUGGGGUGGGGGCAGGGUGCAGGCUGGGAAACAAGGCAUAGUGGGAUGCCCCCCCCCCCCCCCCCCCCCCCCAGCUGUGGGGCCUCAAUUUCCUGACAGUCUGGGAAAGACCACAGGAAAGGGCUCAGCCGGCAGAGCAACGCCGCGGACCACGUUCAGCUAUGGACUGGCCAGACACCUGAGCUGUAUCUCCCAAACAAACGCACAGAGACCCUGCACGUUCCUAACCCCAAACAGUGGCGGUGAGGAGAACCAGGAUGUGGGUCACACCAGCUCCCCCAAUCCCAGCCUGUCUGCAGAUGCAGUGCUAAGGCCAAUACAGAAGAUAAACCAGAGGCACACAGAAGACGUCCCUUCCGGCCCUCCGCAGCCCAGCCAGCCUUGGGAGAGGGCCCAUAGAGCACCACCGCCGCCAAGAGGAAAAGAACCCCAACUUUUAACCACCCGAAACCCAGCACUGCUCCGGUUCUGGCUACAAAGUGAUUCCCAAGAGAGCUGCCUCACACACGAGACAGUCCUGUGCCCCACCCGCACAGACAAGGGGGCCCCAGGGAAGGUGUCUGGCUGCACAGGUGCCCCCGACCAGCUGCUGCUGGCCGGCUUUCGUCCCUCUCUCACAGCAGGCUUGCACCUGGUUCUGGCCCAACUACGACGGCGGGCAGCUCUGCCUCCCCCUGCCCCAGGUCACACUCCGGCCUUUGUUCUACCUGCGCACAAGGCGGGCAGAGCCAGCCCCUGCGCCGGCAGCUCCUCCCCCGCGGGCGGGGGCCCCAGGUGAGGGGGCGAGGCCCGGCCCUCCCCUCACUUCCGCUCUGGGUAAGGGAGCCGCGCAGGGAGGCGAACGCUCCAGGUGGCCUACACACGCACGGGACCCCGCUUUCCCGCCAGACCACCGAAGGCCAGCCCGGACCCAUACCGGCAGGUGCAGCCCUUCCUGGAAGACAGCCGCCGGCACCCCCACUCUGACUCAUGCCUCCUGACUGUUACUGAGAUUCGCCCUCCUGAUAGGUGAAAGUCGGCGCACCCAUCGCUACGGACCCUGGAGAUGGCACAGGAGAUGGCCCACAGAGGACUGUGGAAGGUGGAAGAGGACGGCAUGCUGGCGUGAGACCCUGGGACUGGAGGAACAGCACAGUGGCAGGGCUGCUUGCAGACCCCACCUGAAAGAAGGAGGGACCCAGGCCUGGCACUUCCCAAGCCCCAAGGAGCUGCAUGAGGAGCCCCAGGCGGGCUCAUUCCCACCCCCUGCCCCACCCCCCCACCCCGUGGACCGGCAGUGCUGCUGAAAACAGGUGAGCAGAGCAGCAGCAGCAGCAGAGUUGGUGCGAGGUCUGAUGGCAGUAAGUGGCCGGGGGCAGUGUUCUCCUUCCCUGCUGGGCCUGCCUCCUCCCCUGGGGGUUGGCGAAUCCCUCCACCUACCUAGAGGCACCAGGAGGCUGGGCCUGGGGAAUCCCAUCUGCCCCGCAGGCGUCAGCAGGGGCCAGUGGGAGCCCCAGCCACAAGAGAUGGACCAAGAUAUGCUGUGAGGCCCUGACAAUGAGAUUCUCCUCGGAAACACACUGCAAAGCAGGCCAGAACCUGUGUGAUAACCCUCAACUGGUGACUGACUGCUAAAAUAAAAUGUAUCGCCGCACACACAGUCUCCAGACAUAGUAGCAAAUAUGUCAGAAGUCCAACAAAAAAUUGCCCAUCUUACGGUGAACCAGGAAAAUCACAACCUGAAUAUGAAAAGAAAAUCGAUUAAUGCCAACCCAGAGAUGAAUCAGAUGUCGGGAUUAUCUGGCAAGGAUUUUAAAGUAACCAUCAUAAAAAUGCUUCAACAAGCAAUUACAAAUUCUCUUGAAACAAAUUAAAAAAUAGAAAGUCUCAGCAAAGAAACAAGUUAUAAAAACUAUACCUGAAAAAUACAAUAACAGAAAUUUUGUUAAAAAGCCCAGUGGUUGGGCUCGAUAAUAGAGUGGAGACUACAGAGGAUAGAAAAUCAGUGAACUUGAGGACAGAACCAUAGAGUUCACCCAAUCUGAGCAGCAGAGAGAAAAUAGAUUAGAAACAAGGGGCCCAUGGGACAGCAGGAGAUCCGUCAAUUGUGUUAUGUGUCAUCGGAAUCCAGCUGGAGGAGGAGGAGAGUGGGACUGAAAGAGGACUUGGAGAAAUAAUGACUGAAAAUAUCUCAGAUUUGGCAAAAUACAUAAACCUACAGAUUCAAGAAGCUGAGUGAGCCACCAACAGGAUAAGCCCAAAGAAAUUCAUGUCAAGACAUUGUAAUUAAGCUUGUGAAAAUGAAAGACAGAAAAAAGUUCGUAACAGCAGACAGAGAGCCCUGCCUUCUUUUCCUUUGCGUUUCCCUAAGACUGUUCUUACUGUUUUUAAAAAAAUUUCCCUUUAUCAUUGGUGUGCCAUUUGAUUUCAACAGCAUUAUUUAUUACAUAAAUAAUACAUGGUGAUUGCAAAAAAAAUGAAACACAUUAUUCAUUAAAAAGAUAAAAAUUACUGCAAUCCCACUGCCCAGAUGACUCUACCAUUAACAUCCCGGUAUUGGUCUUUCCAGACAUGGUUCUAUGUGUGCAAGUGCAUGUGAGCAAGCAUUUUAGCUAAAAUGUAAUUGUAGAAUACAUACCAUUCUAUGACCUACUUUUUCAUUUUAAAACCUGUUGUGACCAUCUUUCCUUGUCAAGAAAUGGACAAAUAUAUCAUUAUUCUUAAUGACUGUGUAGAAUUCCAUUGUAUGAAUAUAUCACAAUUUCAAUAAUCACAAAUGUUGAAAAUUUAGGUUACCUUUUUCAAAUUGUAAAUAAUGCUGUGAUGAACAUUUUUGUAUGUAUAUCUUUGUGCGCUCAUCUGGUUAUUGCCUCAGGAUAAAUUCAGAAAUUUUGAAUUUUGGAGUGAGAGGAUAUGUGUGGUUUAAGGCUUUUGAUAAACAUUGUCAAGUCGUCCUUCCAGAAGGUUCACCAGUGAAUACUUCUGCAAGCAGUGUGUGAGAAUGCUAGUCUCCAGGAAUACCUGGCCUCUGACCCUAUCAUUGCAUGCUCCCCUCUGUCCAGAUGGGGUGGCUUCCCCACUGUUGUCCUGAGCGUGCGCAGCAUGCUCUCCCCUCGAGGGCCUUUGACUUGCUGAUUCCUCCACCUGAAACGUUUUCCCCCAGACAUCCAAACAGCUCUCACUUUCUUCAGGUCUCUGUUCAGAUACUGUUUGAUUAGAAUUGCCUUGCCUGUUCAUCUUAGGGAACAGAGCCAUCCCCUCUUCCCUGUUACUUCCUAGCCACCUUACUUUCCCUUAUAUUUCUCCCUAACACUUGUCACCUUGUCUUGCGCACACUAGGUCCUUAGGGCCUAAGGGCAGAGACUGUCAAUUCACCUCUGGAUUCCAACUCCCAGGGUUGCAUACAGCUCCCAUUGAUCCUGCGUGUGGACGAUGCUGAACAGGCAGCCACUGCUUGGAUGACUAUUGUUAUUUUUAAGCUGUAGGAGGUUGAUAUGUGAAAAAUGGUAUCUCACUAUUGUUCCAAUUUGCAUUUAUUCAGUCACUAAUUAAAAUGAACU